CAGAGAUACAGUCCCACAAAGUAUUUUACAUGAUUUUACAUAGAACUUGCAGUAAAGACAAUGUGCCACGCCCAUUUUGGGCAACAUGGAUUGUAUGUACACGUCAUCAAGUUUUAUAUCCCUCUCUCUUCAUCUCUGAUUCUACCUGCUUAUCAUUAUGAAUGUAGUCUAUAGUGCAAAGAUAUUCAGUGUUGGUUGGUUGCAUUCUUCAAAUUGUUCGUAUCUGCAUAUUAUUACAGGACAAUUAAUUGGAGACCUGAGGCUGGUAGACAACUCAGGCCGAACAGGAGGCUUCUCUGGCAGACUGGAGGUCUAUUACAGUGGACAAUGGGGGACAGUGUGUGAUGACAGCUUCGGCGUAUAUGAUGCAAGCGUGGCUUGUCGUCAACUAGGGUUCUCAACCUACAUUGAAUUCGCAACAGUUGGAAGGCUAGGUUUUUCUCAACCUUCAUCAACCACUCCGAUAUGGCUGGACGAACUUGGUUGCGUUGGAACUGAGAGCAGAUUGAUCGAUUGUUAUUUUAGCGUCGGAACUUGCUCCCAUUCAGAAGAUGUGGCCUUGUACUGUACUCCAACAUUCAUUUCAUCAAGUUCAUCAUCCAACAUCUCUGGCAUCACCAUUGGACUGACUCUUCCUGUCAUCAUAAUCAUAGUUGUGUGUGUCGUCUUGCUUUAUGGUUUUGCAAGGAGAAGACAUCGUCUGGCUCGCUACCCACGCAGUACUCCCCUAAUCGAUAAUGCUGCAUCGACAACUGUAGUCGUCACUGCGUCAAAUACACAAAAUACAGCCUAUCCCAUGCAGCAACCCAUGGACCAAACUCCUCCCUAUUCCCCACAAGCCUCCCCUCAAAAUAUGCAACCAGUGGCUGCCUAUACCCGACUGGACAAUAUGCUGACCCCCAGUACCACACAUCCUAUCCUCAGCAACCACCAGCCCCCUAUCCCACUGAACAACCACCUCCUGCUCAGCACCCCACUGGACAACCUCCACCUGCACCAUACUUGUCUGGUGGAGAAGCCCCUCCAGCAUAUCCGAACUAAGUAUGGGGACUGCCCACCACACAAGUAGAAAAUAAAAAACUUUUUCAGCACAUGCAAAGACUGAUAGUGCAUGAAAUAGCAUAUUAGUAUAUAUCUGCUGUAGUUGCUGUUUCAUUGUUUAAUUGUCUUCUCUCUUUUACUUCCAAUUAGAUCGAAUGCUAAGG